GUCGAUGUCUGUUUAUAUAAUGGAUACUACUGUUACUGUCUAGCACGUAAUUAACGCAAAAAUGUCUGCCAAUAUUCCAGUAGAAAUACACCACCUGUACGUGCACACCAGCUGUGUUUGCCUCGCCGCUCUCUAAAACAAUUGUGAAUGAAAUUUCUGUCUUCCCCUCCUCUAGAUGUCUCUGGAUUACGCUCGCUUGGAUUAGGACCGUGCAUUUCCUGAACUGCACUUCCUCGCCGCCGAAUGCAUGGGACGCCAUAAGCGCCACUUGGGUCCAUUACACUGGCCGCUCUCCCGUCCCCGGCAGCUCCUACCUGGGACACACCUGGCCCACCUCCGCGCAGUCGUUCGCCACGAGUUGCGCAUGCGCCGCCGGCUCGAGCGACAACGCCGCCAUGGCGGAGACGAGCGAGAGCGGGAGGUGAAGCAGGAAGAGGCGCAGCCAAAUGUGGGUUAAGCUUCAGAUUUGAACAGCGCUGGAUGCACACGACAAGCUUCUCGGCCGGCUCCUGUCCUGUGACGCGAAGCGUUAGCGGGAUAAUCGGGAUAUUUCUCGUGACGGACGCUCGCACGGGUCUACCUGCCGUGGAUACCGUAACGUCAAAGCUAGCUGCCCUGCGAGGAGGCGAAAGUCAAGGAGUUUCCACCACCUUUAAACUGAGGAAAAAUAUUUUACAACAGCCAGUACACAUUUGGGACUCAAUAUCCGAUUUCAUAUAGGUAUGGUUAGCCAAUAGGUUUGGACUGAGCACGGUUAUUUUCAUUUAUUUUUUGCGGCUUAUCAAGUUACAGUAGGUGAAGGAGUUUUUUUUUCCAGGAGACGUUGCGGGCUGCCCUGUGCCGGACUUUGGGCGUCGGAGCUGCGGACGCUUGCUGUACGUUGCGGUUCUGUGUGAACUUUUUAAGCUUUGUGUGGGGAUGAGCGUUUUCCGUGCGGGCUUCACAACACGGUCAACUUAACGAAGCAGGAGCGGCACCUGAGCGCUAGCACAGCGGCCGCACUCCAACGCCGCCGGCUGCCCCCUUAACAGGUGCCUCACCUGCCAGGGUUACCUGUCCCCCAGCCGUGAUGGCCAGCGAGGGGACGCCACCUCCCAAGCCGCCAGGGGACGGCGGGAAGGAAGGGCGUUCAGCCGCGCUGCCGCUCAACCCCAUGAUCCCCAUCAGGGGCAUUAGGAUGAAGUUCGCCGUCCUUGCCGGCCUGGUGGAUGUUGGGGACGUUACCAGCCGCGACAUCGUGGAGACCGUUUUCAACCUGCUGGUGGGAGGCCAUUUUGACCUGGAGAUGAACUUCAUCAUCCAGGAGGUGGACAGUAUCGGGUGCAUGGUGGAGCUGCUGGACCGCUGUGAGCCUACCUGCCAGGCAGAGGUGUGGAGCAUCUUCACGGCCAUCCUGAAGAAGAGUGUCCGCAACCUUCAGGCGUGCACCGAGGUUGGCCUCAUUGAGAUGGUGCUGACACGCAUCGACAAGACGGAGAACAUGAUCGCAGACCUGAUGGUCGACAUGUUGGGAGUGCUGGCCAGCUACAGCAUAACGGUCAAAGAACUGAAGCUGUUCUUCAGCAAGCUUCAGGGAGAGAACGGACAGUGGCCGCCCCAUGCUGUGAAGCUGCUGUCGGUGCUGAAGUCAAUGGCCCACCACAGCGGCCCGGACUCUUUCUUCAGCUUCCCGGGGAAGACGGCAGCAGCGAUUGCUCUCCCACCCAUCGCGAAGUGGCCGUACCAGAACGGCUUCACCUUCCACGCCUGGCUACGCAUGGACCCCAUCAACAACAUCAACGUUGAUAAGGACAAGCCUUACUUGUACUGCUUUCGGACCAGCAAGGGUCUGGGCUACUCCGCCCACUUCGUCGGGGGCUGUCUGAUCGUGACCUCACUCAAGUCCAAAGGCAAAGGCUUCCAGCACUGUGUGAAGUACGACUUCAAGCCCCAGAAGUGGUACAUGGUGACGAUCGUUCACAUCUACAAUCGCUGGAAGAACAGCGAGAUCAGCUGCUAUGUCAAUGGGGAGUUGGCAUCCUAUGGCGAGAUCACCUGGUUUGUCAACACCAGUGAUACUUUUGAUAAGUGUUUCCUGGGGUCCUCGGAGACGGCGGACUCCAAUCGGGUCUUCUGCGGCCAGAUGGGCGCGGUCUACCUGUUCAGCGAAGGCCUCAACGCUGCACAGAUCCUGGCCAUUUAUCAGCUCGGGCCCGGCUACAAGGGCACCUUCAAAUACAAGGCAGAGAGUGACCUCCUCUUCGCCGAGCACCAUAAGAUGCUCCUGUACGAUGGCAAGCUGUCCGGCUGCAUCGCCUUCACCUACAACCCACGUGCCACCGACGGCCAGCUGUGCCUGGAGUCCUCUCCCAAGGACAACCCCUCCAUCUUCGUGCACUCUCCCCAUGCCCUCAUGCUGCAGGAUGUGAAGGCUGUGGUGACACAUUCUGUGCAGAGCGCCAUCCACUCCAUUGGGGGGGUGCAGGUGCUCUUCCCCCUGUUUGCACAACUGGACUACCUGCAGCACACCAGUGAGGAGCUGGACACCUCCGUCUGCUGUACGCUCCUCUCCUUUGUCAUGGAGCUCCUGAAGAACUCUGUGGCUAUGCAGGAGCAGGUGUUGGCCUGCAAGGGCUUCCUGGUCAUCGGCUACGCCCUGGAGAAGUCUUCCAAAGUCCACGUGACCCGAGCCGUCCUGGACCUCUUCCUGGCCUUCGCCCGUUACCUGAGCAACCUGCAGAACGGGGUUCUCCUGCUGAAGCAGCUCUGUGACCACAUCUUGUUCAACCCGGCCAUCUGGAUCCACGCGCCCGCCAAGGUACAGCUGACGCUCUACACCUACCUGUCCACGGAGUUCAUCAGUACCGUGACCAUCUACAACGCCGUCCGCAGGGUGGGCACGGUACUGCAGAUCAUGCACACGCUCAAGUAUUACUACUGGGUGGUGAAUCCACAGGACCGCAGUGGUGUGGUGCCCAAGGGCCUAGAUGGACCCAGGCCGAAUCAGAAGGAGCUCCUUUCUCUGAGAGCCUUCCUGCUGCUGUUUGUGAAGCAACUGAUAAUGAAGGAUUAUGGGGUGAAGGAGGAUGAGCUGCAGAGCAUUCUCAACUAUCUCCUGACCAUUCACGAGGACGACAACCUGAUGGACGUGCUGCAGCUCCUGGUGGCCCUGAUGUCAGAGCAUCCUCCCUCCAUGGUGCUGGCUUUCGACCAGCGCAACGGCGUACGCGUGAUCUAUAAGCUGCUGGCAUCUAAAAGUGAAGGGAUUCGUGUGCAGGCCCUCAAAGUCAUGGGCUACUUUCUGAAGUAUCUGCCUCCGAAGAGGAAGGCGGAGGUCAUGCUGAGUCACGGCCUCUUCUCACUACUGGCUGAGCGCUUGCUCCUUCACGCCGGCCAGUUCUCCAUCACCACGUACAACGUCCUUUUCGAGAUCCUCACCGAGCAAAUCUGCACCCAGGUGAUGCACAAGCAGCACCCAGACCCUGACUCCACUGUGAAGAUCCUCAACCCUCAGAUCCUGAAGGUGAUCGCUGCCCUCCUGAGGAACUCGCCAUCCUCCCCCGAAAGCUUAGAGGUGCGCAGGAUCUUCCUGUCCGACAUGAUCAAGCUGUUCAACAAUAGCCGGGAGAACAGGAGGAGUCUGCUGCAGUGCUCCGUGUGGCAGGAGUGGAUGCUCUCCCUCUGCUACAUCCAGCCCAAGAGCAGCGACGAGCAGAAGAUCUCAGAGAUGGUCUACGCCAUCUUCCGCAUCCUGCUCUACCACGCCAUCAAGUACGAGUGGGGAGGGUGGCGCGUGUGGGUGGACACCCUCUCCAUCACCCACUCCAAGGUUUCCUUUGAGCUGCACAAAGAGAGCCUGUCUCGGAUGUUUAAGGAGUACCAAAGACUGGGGUCGGACCAGAGCGGCUCUGCUCCCAUCAGGACGGUGUCAGGGGUCAGCCGGGACGCGGAGGCCCUUGGCCAGGCCAAUGGGGACUACAACAGCCUGCCCAGUAUCGAGGAGAAUGCCCCUUCCACAGUCAUCGAGCUCCGGGUAGAGGACAAGGAGGAAGGGGAGGCGUCUUUGGGGCCGGCUGCAGUAUCCGAUAUCCUGGCUGGGGCUGCUGGAGGAGCAGCUCCUACUCUGGAUGGUGAGGAGACCCAGGCCCCAUCGGAGGAGAAAGGCCAAGCAGGGGAGGCUUCCGGGAGUAUGCAGGAAGAUGGGGUCAAGGCUGAAGCUGUGGAGCCCAGCUCCCCAACCAAAACGUCGGCUGAUGUGGAUGAUGUUCCAGGUGAGGCAGAAGCUGAGGUGGCUUCAAGGACGGAUGCAGUGGAUGCCAUCGAGGAAGCCAAAGAUGGGGCGGAGGAGGAGGCCCUAGACCAGGAUGACGCUGAAGAAAGGAAGACAUACGGAGACGACGCCGCUUUGGAAGCUGCUCUGAAGGAGGCCAUGGUGGAGAAACCCCCUUCCAGUGAAAGCGAACCAGUGGUGUCUACCUUGAGAGACGUCGAAUUAAGUGAUGGCGCUGCGGCAGAUCCCUCUGAAUCUCUUGCGGCAACCACGGCGGAGACGGAACGAUUAAAGGAAGCAGGAAAGGCGGCCGCCCUAGAGCAGCCAGUCGAGGGGGACAUGCAGGCGAGCAAGACAGCAGCAGAGAAGGCUACCACUGAGGAGCUUGGUGACCGAGGGGCUUCUGGGGACAAGGGGCCUGAACAGUCUCCUGGCAAAGCAGAGACCCCCAGCGACAAAGGGGCGGAGCCUCGCGGCAGUACCGGCACUAAAUUGAAGGAGAUUAAGAUUGCCAGACUGGAUGUGUCCAGCGUGGCGUCCGACACAGAAAGACUGGAGCUGAAGGAGCAGCCGUCCGCGGAGUCAAGCCAAGGAGUGGCUUCGGCUCAUGCCUCAGCGGGACAAGGCAGAGGAGAUCCGGCCAGCUCCUCCGGACGUUCCGCCAUGUUCCGCAUCCCGGAGUUCAAGUGGUCGCACAUGCACCAGCGGCUGCUGACGGACCUGCUCUUCUCCAUCGAGACCGACGUGCAGAUGUGGCGCAGUCACUCCACCAAGACGGUGAUGGACUUCGUCAACAGCAGCGAGAACGUGGUGUUCGUGCACAACACGGUGCACCUGGUGUCGCAGGUGGUGGACAACCUCAUCAUGGCCUGCGGGGGCAUCCUGCCGCUGCUCUCCGCAGCCACCUCCUCCUCCCACGAGCUGGAAAACAUCGAGCCUUCGCAGGGCCUGUCUGUGGAGGCCGCUCUCACCUUCCUGCAGAGGCUCAUCGGCCUGGUGGACGUGCUUAUUUUCGCCAGCUCUCUGAACUUCACCGAGAUCGAGGCGGAGAAGAACAUGUCCUCGGGAGGUGUUCUCAGGCAGUGCCUCCGACUGGUAUGCGCCAUGGCUGUCCGAAACUGCCUGGAGUGCCAGCAGCAGUUCCCGGCGGGCGCCGAGGCUGCCCGCGUGCAGAAGGUCAUCCAAGCUCUCGCUGGGGCACAGAGCCCCGUGGACGUGGUAACGGGGGGUGUGUCCCCCAUAAGAGACACAGAUCGCCUGCUGCAAGACAUGGACAUCAACCGUUUGCGCGCCGUGGUCUUCAGGGACAUUGAGGACAGCAAGCAGGCCCAGUUCCUGGCACUGGCUGUGGUGUACUUCAUCUCCGUCCUCAUGGUGUCCAAAUACCGAGACAUCUUGGAGCCUCACAAUGAAAGGAAAUGUGUCCAGCAGAAAAGCGGAGAGGGCGCCGGCGCAGAGGGUGUCCCAGCCGGCUUGGACCUGGACAACGGCGUAUUGCUCCGGCGCCGAGAUUCCGGCAUCGGGGACGAGCAUACCUCCUUCGCCACCGCUGACACUGAGCCGUCCGCAGGAGUGGGCGGAGCCUCAGGCCCGGAUGCCGUCAGCGAGGCCCUGACCGCCCUGUCCUCAGAGGUGAGGAGGAGCCAGGAGGGCCCAGCCUCCCAGGUGCGGAACGUGAAAGUGAAGGACAUCCUGCGCAGCCUGGUGACCGCUCCGACCGACGACAUGAUGGUGGAUCCCGGCCUCCUGUCUCCCGCCUUCCUGGGCGCCGCAGGGGACGCCGCUCGCGAGCCCUCCAUGCAGUUCCGCUCCUUCGACAGGAGUGUUGUGGUGGGCCCUAAGAAGGCAGGGGCCAUCCCCCCUGGGGCCCCCCCAGCCGCCCCACCUGCCGCAGGAGCCGCUGCUUCUGCUUCUGCUGGGGCACUUGACAGUGUCCCUGUCACUGCCCCCGAUCCCAGCGUCCAGGGUGGUGGCACCGAGCCCGUUGCUGGCGGGGCAUCUGUGAGUGUGAACCUGCCAUCUGUCCCCAGCCUGUCCCCGAUGAGCCGUAACUCCGCGUCCAACAUGAGCAUCUCGGAGCGGCUGGAACACGCCCUGGAGAAGGCAGCCCCCCUGCUGAGGGAAAUCUUCGUGGACUUUGCCCCCUUCCUGUCACGCACGCUCCUGGGGAGUCACGGGCAGGAGCUGCUCAUCGAGGGCACCAGUCUGGUGUGCAUGAAGUCCAGCAGCUCGGUGGUGGAGCUGGUCAUGUUGCUGUGCUCGCAGGAAUGGCAGAACUCUAUUCAGAAGAACGCGGGUCUGGCCUUCAUCGAGCUCGUCAAUGAGGGCAGGCUGCUGAGCCACACUAUGAAGGACCACCUGGUGCGUGUGGCCAACGAGGCGGAGUUCAUCCUGAGCCGGCAGCGUGCCGAGGAUAUCCACAAGCACGCCGACUUUGAGUCCCAGUCUGCCCAGUACACUGCAGAGAAGCGAGACGAGGAGAAGAUGUGCGACCACUUGAUCCGGGCGGCCAAGUACCGAGACCACAUGACGGCCACCCAGCUAAUCCAGAAGAUUGUUAACAUCCUGACGGACAAGCACGGCGCCUGGGGCAGCUCGGCAUCGAGCCGUCCCCGUGACUUCUGGCGCCUGGACUACUGGGAGGAUGACCUUCGGCGACGGCGGCGUCUCGUCAGGAACCCGUUCGGGUCGUCGCACUCGGAGGCGGCGCUCCGGGAUGCCGAGGAACACGUUCCCGAGGAAGAUGUCCUCAAACCCAAGCAGUCCAUCAAGAAUCAUGCUCUGGGAAAUCAAAACUCGGAAAGUGAGAUAUUGUUGGAUGGGGACGAUGAUACCCUCUCGUCCUUGGAGGAGAAGGAAUUGGAAGCCGUAACAGGCCCAGUAAACUUGAGCACCAGUGCGCAGCUGGUUGCCCCCGCGGCGGUGGUGAAAGGGACCUUGUCCAUCACGGCAUCGGAACUCUACUUCGAGGUGGAUGAGGAGGAUCCUAGCUUUAAGAAAAUCGAUCCAAAGAUCCUGGCCUACACAGAGGGCCUUCAUGGCAAGUGGCUCUUCACAGAGAUCCGCGCCAUCUUCUCCCGACGCUACCUGCUGCAGAACACGGCACUGGAGAUCUUCAUGGCCAACCGUACUGCCGUCAUGUUCAACCUUCCAGACCCGGGCGCCGUGAAGAAGGUGGUGCACUGCCUGCCCCGCGUGGGGGUGGGCACCAACUUCGGCCUCCCCCAGACCAGACGCAUCUCCCUGGCCAGCCCCAAGCAGCUCUACAAGGCCUCCAACAUGACGCAGCGCUGGCAGCGGCGUGAGAUCUCCAACUUCGAGUACCUCAUGUUCCUCAACACCAUCUCCGGGCGUACCUUCAACGACCUGAACCAGUACCCCGUGUUCCCCUGGGUCAUCACCAACUACGACACGGAGGAGCUGGACCUCACGCUGCCCAGCAACUUCAGGGACCUCUCCAAGCCUAUCGGCGCCCUGAACCCCAAGAGGGCGGCCUUCUUCUCUGAGCGCUUCGAGACCUGGGAAGAUGAGCAGGUGCCCAAGUUUCACUAUGGCACCCACUACUCCACCUCCAGCUUCUCCCUGACGUGGCUGCUCAGAAUCGAGCCGUUCACCACCUUCUUCCUGAACCUCCAAGGGGAGUUCGACCACGCCGACCGCACCUUCUCCUCGGUGUCCAGGGCGUGGAGGAACUGCCAGAGAGACACCUCCGACGUGAAGGAGCUGAUCCCUGAGUUUUAUUACCUACCCGAGAUGUUUGUCAACUCUAAUAAUUACAACCUGGGCGUGAUGGACGACGGCACGGUGGUUUCUGACGUCGAGCUGCCCCCCUGGGCCAAAACCCCAGAAGAGUUUGUGCGCAUAAACAAGCUGGCGCUGGAGAGCGAGUUCGUCUCCUGCCAAUUGCACCAGUGGGUCGACCUCAUCUUCGGCUACAAGCAGCAGGGCCCCGAGGCUGCCCGAGCCCUCAACGUCUUCUACUACCUGACCUAUGAGGGCGCCGUCAACCUGAGCUCCAUAAACGACCUCAUGCUGAGAGAGGCUGUGGAGGCUCAGAUCCGGAGUUUUGGCCAGACCCCCUGUCAGCUGCUGAUCGAGCCGCACCCCCCCAGGAGCUCAGCGAUGCAGGUGGUGAGUCAUGUGACCGAACACACACACCCACACACACAGAUACACGCUCCUCCCCAUACUUUCUGGUUCUUCGUGGAAACUGUCGGUUCCAUGGAACCUCGGUUCCACCAGAGUGACCGGCAGCACAUUGAGGUCUUACACUGCCCACUGAGCACCAGCAACGUGGGCACCCACCGGCGGCAGAUCAGUGACCUGCUGGACCAGAGCAUGCAGGUGCAGACGCAGAGCUUCGUCAUCACCGCCGACAACCGCUUCGUGCUCGUCUGCGGCUUCUGGGACAAGAGCUUCCGCGUCUACUCCACCGACUCGGGCAAGCUGACCCAGAUCGUGUUCGGGCACCGGGACGUGGUAACGUGUCUGGCCCGCUCUGAGUCCUACAUCGGGGGCGACUGCUACAUCCUGUCCGGCUCUCGCGACGCCACGUUGCUGCUCUGGUACUGGAACGGCAAGAACUGCAGCAUCGGAGAAAACCCAGGCACCGAGUUUGUGACUCCCCGGGCCAUCCUGACGGGCCACGACUGUGAGAUCACCUGCGCCAGCGUCUGCGCAGAGCUCGGCCUCGUCAUCAGCGGCUGCAAAGAGGGCCCGUGCCUGAUCCAUUCCAUGAACGGAGACCUCCUGCGUACCCUGGAGGGCCCAGCGGGGUGCGAGCGGCCCCGGCUCAUCCAGGCCUCGUCGGAGGGUCACUGCGUGGUCUACUACGAGCGUGGCCACUUCUGCCUUUUCAGCAUCAAUGGCAAGGAGCUGGCCCUCAUGGAGGUGGAGGAGAACAUGAAGGCCAUACUGCUGAGCCGGGACGGACAGUACCUGCUUUCGGGGGGUGAUGGAGGCGUCCUCACCGUCUGGCGCGUCCAUGACCUCAAGCAGCUGUUCACGUAUCCCGGCUGUGACGCGGGCAUCCGCUCUAUGGCCAUGUCACAUGACCAAAGGUGCAUAAUCACAGGCAUGGCCUCCGGAAGCAUUGUACUGUUUUACAAUGAUUUCAAUAGAUGGCACCAUGAAUACCAGACCAGAUAUUGAUUUCUGAGCGGCAAGGUGUCACCGUGGCAACGGACACGUACAUCCUGCCAUGUGAUGUUAAACGCACUACUCUAUACACACUGAGUUGCUGAAUGUAUCUAAAAUUCUGUCGGAAGAAGCAGACUAUUUUUAAACGGGCAUUGCUAUAUUUUGUAGAUUCUGUUAAAUUUCAUAUAUUGAAAACUUGGGGCUGGGUUAUAUAGCUAUAAAAAAAAUCUAUUUUUAGCUGUAAAAAUCUAUUUUCAUCUCUGUGUGAGUUAAUAAGGGUUUGAGUGGUCGAUAGAGAAUUAUAUUUGCGUCGGCUGUCUCUAAAAAUCCAUAUAUUUGUGUAUCUGGGGAAAGUGAUUUUGAUGUGUGUGAUACAGGGUAGAUGGAAAUUUUUAGUUUUGUUCGUUUUCCAUUCACUUUAUACUUCUGUCUGUGACUGGAGGCUUCUCAGUGCCAGCGAUACGCUGGUGUGUGACGACUGGCCGUCCCCUGGUCGAUGUCACUCCUGAGUUAUAUGGGAUUUCCGUCACGCAUCCAUUACUGCUUGGGGUUUUGGUUUCUGUUCCUUUAUUUUAACUUCAGAAAUAUUCGAUAUACCUCCAGGUAUCCGAAGACAUCCUGCAUAAAAUCUGCUAAAAUUCGGUAUGAAGUCUUAAGCUUUAAGGAGGAUAAAACACAUAAUUGACAUGAAAGUCAAUUUACCGACUUACCGACAAUUUACAAGUUAAAAAUGGUGGAAACUCAAUGAAGGAGGUGACCCAUAAGCAGCUGCUCUGCGUGAUAAAUUAUCAACAAGAGCAUAGUCAGAGCUCCUCUCGUUUCUGAGGUGCUGAAAUGUCUGACACCCCCCCCCCCCAUUUUUUUUUGCUGUCCACAAAAUAGGCUUUUCAGCAGACUUAAGUGUCACAUUCUGGCCCAUCUGUUGGCCCCACAUUCAAACUUUUGUCCCAACUAGUAACAUUCAUCCAAGUUUUGAUUGACUGAUAAACAUUCCCUAUCAGCUUCACUGCAUACCUACGGGGGCGGGGGGAGGAGGGGCUGUAAUUUUAUGUGUUACCUGUCAUGGAAACCCAUUCAGAAUGAUUCUUUUCACGUGUGAUGAGUUGAAACAAUAAAAUGAAAUUUGUAACUGGA